CAACAUGCCACACACGGUGGCACCUACAGAAACCACUUAUAUUGACUAUAGCCCAAACGAUGUAUAAAAUGUCCCCAUCACGGGCAUCACCUUUCUCAUCACCACAAAUCCGACAAGAACCCACCAUUAUUUUCUAUCCCUCUCCAUCCCCAUCUCCACCUCCACCUGACCUGAUGGCCCAACAUCAUAAUGGUAACAUUGAAAAUCAUCUCGACCGCUACGAGAGAUCCACCUCUCUAACCGGGAGCAUCCGCAUUACCGUUGAAUCUUCCUCCCCUUCUUCACACAGCGAGGUGGAAUCGAAAUCAUCUUGGUUGAGACGUUAUUACGACUAGAUAUACGGAUUUAAUGUCUGUUUGAAUGAUUGAUCAAUGGUUGUAUUGUGCUCCAGUCAAGACUACAAUAGUAUUGUUAGGUGGCUACUACCUAGUUACUAGUUAUGCAGAG